AUGCGCGUCCUUAUUGCCCUUUGCUUCGUUGCCGUUGCCAGCGCUGCCUCCUUCGGCGGUGGCUACAACUACCAGCCCGCUGCCACAGCUCCUGCGGCCACCUCCUUUGCCCCAGCAGGACCUGCCUACAGCCCCUCGGUGGCUGCCAGCCAGGAUCAGCCCGCCUACAAUGCCCCCGCCGAGCAGACCUUCGCCCCGGCUGCCGUCGUUGAGGCUGCACCCUCUGCCUCUGCUCCCAACUACGCCGCUCCCCAGGCUGAGCUCCAGAAGGAGUUCUUCACCUACACCGCCGACGAGAGCGCCUUCAACGAACCCGCCGGCUCCGAGCAGGUCCAAAGCUCUCUGAACAAGGCUCUCCGCGUGAUCUUCAUCAAGGGACCCGAGAACAGCGGCCUGGAGAACGCCGCCGUUGCCCUGGCCAAGCAGGCUGGACAGCAGGAGACCGCCAUCUAUGUCCUGAACAAGCAGGCUGACAUCGGGGACCUGAGCAACAAGCUGAAUGCCAUCCGCAACAACAACAAUAACAAGCCCGAGGUGCACUUCGUCAAGUACCGCACCCAGCAGGAUGCUGCUAAUGCCCAGCAGGCUAUCCAGUCCCAGUACGACCAGCUGGGUGGAUCCUCCACCAUCCAGAACGGAGGCGUGGCUCCCGUCCUGAACUUUGCCUCCCAGCCUGCUGCUCGUGAGGUGGCCGCUCCCUCUGCUCCCGGCAGCUCUUACCUGCCCGCCUCCGUGCUGCGAUUCCGCCAGUAA